GAAAAUGUCAAAUGUUUCUUGAGAAAAAUUCUUUUUAGUUGCAUCAAUUUACACUAAUCAAAUGCCAUGGCUCACUGAUAAUAAUGGUAAGGACAACCUGUAGAACAUGUUGUCAAAUUCUCGACAAAAAAUCAAGAAGAACAAUAUUUUCUACCACAUUUGAGGUCUUCCAACAAUUACACGAAGUGUUGGGUCGUAUUCCACACGAAAGUGAUGGACAUUCUAGAUAUGUGUGUAGUCACUGUUAUAGGAUAUUGAAGAAAUUGUAUAAAAUUGACUAUGACUUGAUACACAAGUUGGAUGAACUGAGAAAGGAAAAGUUCGAGUUGAUAAAAGCUCUGCGUGAAAAUCUGACUUUGGACAAUAUUCAGUCAACUAGUGAAAGUGAGCAUUUGAAUGUGAAUUUCACCACCCCUACAGAGUUUGUGACAAGCAAAGAUGUAUUACUUAAUGAAGAUGGUUCAAUGAGAAGUAGGCCUUUGAUGUAUUCACCAUCUCCAUUAACAGUUGAGAGGUGUAUAUCAGAUGCAAAUUUCAGUGAGGUUUCAGUCAAGUUAGAGCGACUAGACCAGGAGUAUGAAUACAGCAAUGCUCUUCAAACAGAAGCUGACACCUUUACCAACAUCAAGACUGAUCCUUCAGAGCCAGAUGAGAACUACAGUGUGCCCACUGUAUCACAGUGUCCCCCGCAAAUUGGUGGAGGGUCCCAGACUUCCAUCAGCAGGCCAGUGAUCUCAUCUCCGCCUAUCAAAAAUAGGGCACAACUUCUCAAUGGAGGACCUAAUUUGCUUCAAGUGGCAAAAGAACCCUCCAAAAAACAGGUCGUAUCACUGGUUAAGGUGGCAGCACCAACAUCCAUGGGUACUACGAUCAAACAGGAAGUGAAUAAAGCAUGCUUAAAGCUGUCUCAAGAUGGGGAGCAGUCAUUAUUUUUGUCUGUAAAUGUGGAGAAGAAAUUAACUAGCUAUGUGGGGUCAGACAUGGGCCGACAGUUUCUAAGCAAGCGUCCAGAUAUAAAGGAACAGUUUUUCAAGUUUUGUCAAGUUAUAUACAACACUGAGAAAGAAUACAAAACCAGUGAAACAGCAAUGCAUGAUCAGUCAACACAAGAAAAACAAGAACCAAAGCAAGUUACAAAUCAACCUAAUAUCCUUCAACAAAAGGGUCCACCAGGCACUCAACACACAAUGACCCCAGCACAUUUCCCAGUAGCAGCACAGGGGAGGGGAACUGUACCUAUGACAGGGAACCAGCUUCAUUCUGUAGCACAGCCUCCAACUGUAACACAUCCUUAUCUCCCCCCAGCUACCAAAACAAAGCAAGAUGUUUCAGAAAUUUUGAGUACCUCCAGUGUAACAAAUAUUAAGGGUAUUAUAGUUUCACAAUCUGUAGAGUCUGGUCGAAAGAGAAAAAUAACUCAAAAAGAAGGUUCUGGAGAUGAACCUCUGGAAAAGCAGCCAUCACCUUCAGGUAUAGAUAAGCCAUUUAGAAAGAACAUCAAAAUAUUAAAUAGAGGAGCAACCAAGUCCAUGCCUUUGACAUUGGGACAAACACUAGAAAGUAAAUCUGGCACUGGUUCAACCCCCAUAAUUAUAGACAAAAAAUCAUCAACACAACAACCAAGAAUGAGUCAUGAAAUUGGGAAUACAGGCUCCACUAUGAAAAAAUCCCCCAGUUAUGGAGAAGAUCUAAAGAAGGAUGUGAAGACUUCCUUGUCAGAGAAUUCCUCCACAUACACAACCAGGAAACUGACAAGAAGUGUAAAAAGAACCAAGAAGAAACCUGUUAAGCCUGGUAAAAACAAUUUUCAAGCAAUAAAAGAAAAUUCUGAUUCUAAUCCAAAUCCUCAAGAAAAGACUGAUUCAACUCCAAAACCUUACAGCUUCAGACAGCGAACAAAGAAAAAGAGAUUUGGAGAUGAUUAUGUUGAAGAUUUCAAAAAAGGUUUAAGGGUGAGGACAAGACACAAGGGAGAGAUGGAGAAGGGUAAUGAUGAGGUGGUGGUUUGUCAAGGCAACACACUUCACCAGUGUGACUUUUGUAAAGAUGUUUUCAUCCAAAGGCAAGAUCUUCUAAAUCAUGUGACAACACAUACACUAACAUUCCCAUAUAUCUGCAAGGAGUGUGGAAAGGGCUUCAAAAAGAAAUGGAAACUGAACCUUCACAUGAUUUCCCAUGUAUCUCAUCAUCCCUUCCAGUGUGAUAUUUGUGGAAUGUCCUUCAAAAUGGAGGCAACCUUGUGUACUCAUAUAAAGCACCAUAAAGAAAUAAAACCUUUCAAGUGUAACUACUGCCCUCUCCAAUUCAAAUCAGAAGAAGAAUCCAGUAAACAUAUGCUCCAUAAGCAUAUAACAUCUGACAAACUCAUAAAAUUCAAGGUUUAUAAAUGUGAGUAUUGUAACAAAUUGAUGUGUUCAAAGGACAUACACAUGCAGCAUAUUCAGAUGCAUAAUAAAGGAGAGAGUCCCUUUGUCUUCUGUGAUGUGUGUGGGAGAUCAUUCACAAAGCUAGCCAUACUAAAUGCUCACAAAAAGAUGCAUCUUGAAAGAAAAUAUCACUGUGACAUAUGCAACUUUUUUUGUAUGGAUGCCCACCAAUUCUGGAAACAUUUUCAGACAAUGCGUCACAAAUUUAAGGUUGAGCAGAAGAACCACAUAAGGCACUUAGCUGAAUCAGGAGAGAGAAACAUGAUGAAGGCAACAGAGGACACAGGGGUUGUAGACAGCAUCUCUGUAAAAUUGGAGGAGGAUGUGUCCAUAUUAGAGGUGCCUAGGAGAACACAGAUCAUCCUCGAUGAUGAGACGGUAAUAGUGGUGAGGGCAGCUGAUGACUCCCUACAGAACGAGAGGCUCCAGCAGGGGGAAAGCAGUGAAACUGAGGGGCACCUUCAGGGUUAUUGGUCAGACACUAGUGGCAAUUUGUCUUCCAUGGAGCUUGUACCUGUGGAGCCCUAUCCAGUGCAUUUGUCUAAAGUUCAGCAGAGUGUUGAAUUAUCCAAUCAAAUCAAAGAAGAAAAUAUGAAAGCUUAAAAUUUCUGUACAUGUAGUUGAUACAUUAGUUAAAUCUAUUUUUUUCUGUAGAUUGACACUGUGGUGAUUGACACUGUGGUGUACAUGUAUAACAAUAAAUUUUAGAGGAACUUUGUCCAGCCUCCUGAUUGAAAAAACCUGAUGGUAGAAGACUUUACAUUAUAUAUGCAAUAGCUUAUGAGUUGAUCAUAAACUUUAAUUGUCAAAAAAAUAAUGAUAGGUAACAUUUUUUAUCAGUAUACGUAACAUUUGAUGUUAUGCUCAAAUGAAGUUGGGGUAACAUUUUUCUUUUUGCUUUUUUUUUUAACUUAACAAAGGAAAUAUGAAAAUUUUAAUCUCAUUUAUUAGGCCAAUCUUUUUUAAAAGGAUUAUUCCUUGCAUCAAGUCAAAUUGAUUAAUGUGACUUGAACAAAAUUUGUCACUGUUGCAGUGGAAACAAAAGGGGGAGGGGGGAUUUUAUUUGGAAUUUGACUCUUCUAAAGGCAUUUAAAACUGCAUACUGGUAAUAUUGAUGUGCAAGUGUUUCCCCAGAUAUCUGAGGUUUGUAAUUACCAUAAUGGCUGCUGUUGCUAUGGAAACAAAAUGGGUAAAUUUCUGAAAAAAAAUUAAGUUAUGCAAAAUUUUAAAAGACUGGUGUAAGGACAGGUAAGAAUUGCUUACUCUGCUUUCAUCUUCCAUGAUGCACCCUUGCUGGUUGGGGUCAGUUUGGGUUGACAAUAUGCUAUUGCUUGCAGUAGCAAAUUAUCCAGUUCUGUGUUUGAAUUCCUUAGCUUCAAGGAUACAUGAAAGGCAAUUUUUUGUUGUUCAUUGAUUUUGUAGAGUACCCUAAGUGUACCAGACUAUCAGUAUUCAUGUGUACUUGUUUUAUCUGCAUUAUGAUUUACAUCUAUAUUUACAUGUGUAAAAAUUUGUGAAUCAGCUAUAUGUUUGGAAUGUUUUUAAAUGCUUUUCUUCAAACUUGUACAUGUAUGGUUGUAUUCUUUCUAAUUGAUUGCAAUCAUACAGUUAGAAAAUUCACAAGCCAAAUGCAAAGAAAAUAUAACUCUAUAAAUCUCAUCUUGAUUAAAUAUUUCAGUGUGAAA